UAUGUCUAUUUUGAAAUACAAAAAAUAUGGGUCAUUCCUGUUUAUUAUAUUUCUUUAAAAAUUAAAAACAACAUGGAUUUAUAUGAGGAAAGCUGAAAUAAUUUAUAUACUACACAUGGAUUUAUACAACUUUUUUUCUAGUGCAAAUGGUCAAACAUCUAUUCAUAGUAAGAAAGAUAGUGCAGAUUUCCCAUUCUCAUUAGAUGAUGUAUGGAUUCUUGGCAAGAAAUAUAAUUCAUUGCACGAUUUGGAAGAUUUAAGAAGUACAAUAAGAAGCAAAUUAUGGUUUUCUUAUCGAAGUGGAUUUCCUGCUAUAGGUGGAACUGGACCAAAAACCGAUAAGUACUGGGGUUGCAUGCUACGUUGUGGCCAAAUGGUUAUGGCUGAGGCAUUGAUUUGUCGUCAUCUUGGAAGAGGAUGGCAGUGGACACCAGGGGUGAUUGAUCCAGUGUAUAAAGAGAUUUUAAAAAUGUUUCAAGAUAAAAAAGAUUGUCCUUAUUCCAUUCACCAAAUUGCCCAAAUGGGAGUUUCUGAAAAAAAGACCAUCGGGGAAUGGUUUGGACCAAACACUAUCGCUCAAGUAUUAAGGAAGUUGUCCAUGUAUGAUGAAUGGAGUAGUAUUGCUGUGCAUGUAGCUUUUGAUAAUUCUGUGAUUCAGUCAGAUAUAAGAACACUUUGUAGAUAUCACCCAGAACCAUUAGCAUCAAGUCCAUUCACAAUGCCUCGCCAAACCGUUUGGUAUACUGAUUGUGAGUCUCAUAGAUGUCAGCGAUGGCAAGCAAUGUCAUCUGUUCUUAACAGAGAACCAUCAUCUUCAUGGCGGCCAAUGCUUCUUUUCAUUCCAUUGCGAUUAGGAGUAUCAAAUUUUAAUCCGGUGUACACAAAAAGUAUCAAAAAUUCUUUCAAAAUUAAGCAAAGUCUUGGAAUUCUUGGGGGUAAACCCAGACAUGCCACAUGGUUUAUUGGUUAUACAAGUGAUGAAUUAAUUUGUCUAGAUCCUCAUGUUACACAACCAACUGUAAAUUUUGAUGGCCAUAAAUUUGAUGAUAGUUCCUAUCAUGUGCCAAUUGGUGGCAGCAAACGAAUGUCUAUAAAUGACAUGGACCCAUCCAUUUCCUUGUGUUUUUAUUUCCAUUCUGAAGAUGAUUUUGAUGACUGGUGUGAACAAGUUCAACAACUACUUGUUAUUCCAGGCGAACAGCAUUUAUUUGAAAUAAUUCCUGAGCGUCCUAAACAUUGGCCACCUCUGGAUCUCCGACCAGAUUUAAAUUGCAGUAAUUGCAGCUUAGAUUACUUUUUUGUUGAAGAUGAAGAUGCUAGCAACAUAUCGGAUGAAGAAUUUGAAAGUAUUGGUUCCUUGAUGUGCCUGACAAAUUUAGAAAAUUAAUAUUCAAGCAAAUCUUUUGUAUUAUUAUUCUUAUAAUUAUUUUUGUCUUUUUUUUUUCUCUUGUACUUCAAGCAUCGAAUUUGGAUUCUCAUAGCUUUUUGUGAUAAGAUUUUUGCGCAGUGCAAAGCAUUCGAAAAGGCUUUUCCUCUAUUUUUUUAAUCGAAUAAAAGAAUAUAUAAUUGAUAUGCUUUAAUUUAUUCCUGGCAAUCGUUUGUGCUGUUUCUGUUAUGAUCAGUUAUGGUGUUAUGUUUCAACAUCUAUAUUGUUCUUGUAAAUAUAUAUUCAUGUAACUUUUAUAAUUAAAUUUUAUUUAUAUGACUAAAAUUAA